AUGAGAUGGACUAGGAGUGACAAGCAAAAGAAGCGUGCUCAAUGCCGUAACAACUGCGGGUGGUACGUUUAUGGAAGCUGGCAUGGACGUUCUUGCUUUAUGAUCAAGAAUGUUGGAAAGGAUCACACAUGUCCUAGGUCUGUGAGAAUGAAGGUUGCAAAUGCUGUUUGGGCUGCUAAGAAGUAUCUCGAUAGAUUCAGAAGGGAGCCAAAUUGGAAGGUCAAGAACAUGAUGGUUGAAAUAAGGCAAGCACACAACGUUCAGAUAUCCAGGAGGCAAUGCUAUAGGGCUCGGAUUUAUGCGAAGAGGAUGUUGGGUGUCUCAUUGGUUAAAGAGUACAAUAAGGUCAGGUCCUAUAUGGCAGAAAUGAAGAGGAAAGAUCAUGCUGGAACCUUCAUACUUGAGGUUGACCCAAGUUCUAUUCCUGAACGUGUGCUUUUCAAGAGGCUGUGA